CUGAUCAGGUUCAGUUUACCCCCUACACAGCUACCAGAAUUUACAGACUUUGAGAUGGCAUCCAAACCACAACAACAGGCCAAGAAACUUGGCUUUGUAGAAGUUUUUGCCCUCAGUGGCGCUGCCGCAGUUAUAUCCAAGACUGCAGCCGCCCCCAUUGAGCGUAUCAAGCUGGUUGUGCAGAACCAAUCAGAAAUGGUGAAAGCGGGGACACUGGAGAGACCAUUUAAAGGAAUUAUAGACUGUACCACCUGGAUUUACAAGAAUGAAGGCUUGAUAUACUUCUGGAGAGGCAACAUCCCCAACUGCAUUCGAUAUUUCCCAACACAGGCCCUCAACUUUGCCUUCAGAGAUAAAAUCAAAAAAAUUUUUGCAUCUGCGCCAAAUGAGCCUUAUCCUGUAACAUUUAGUAAAAACAUAGCAUCUGGUGGUGUAGCUGGUGCACUGUCCUUGAUGUUCGUCUACUCAUUAGAUUACUGCCGAACCCGUCUAGCCAAUGACAUGAAGUCUGCCAAGAAAGGCUCGGAGCGCCAGUUCACAGGAAUGUUUGAUGUCUACUCCAAAACCUGGAAGGCGGAUGGCAUCAAGGGUCUGUACCGUGGCUUUGUUGUAUCCUGUGUGGGAAUCAUAGUCUACAGAGGCUGCUACUUUGGGUUCUACGAUAGCCUGAAACCAGUCCUGCUCGGACACGAUGCUGGAGUUGCCACUUCCUUUCUUCUGGGUUAUGCUGUUACAGUCACAUCUGGAUUAAUAUCUUACCCCAUUGAUACCAUAAGGCGACGUAUGAUGAUGACCUCUGGUGGUGGGGUGCACUACAGUGGUUCCAUCGACUGUGCCAUCCAGAUCUUCAAGCAUGAGGGGGCCAUGUCUUUCAUGAAAGGCGCUGGAGCCAACAUCCUAAGAGGUGUGGCAGGGGCAGGUGUACUAGCAGGAUUUGAUAAAUUCAAGGCUGUCUAUGUUGCUUGGCGUCUGAAGUCAGCAUAACUGAAUG